AUGAAAAUAUUAUUAUUUGUUACAUUAAUUGCAUUGGCAUUUGUUGCCUUAUGCUCAGCAGAAGGAAAUGUUGUUGUUUUAUCACCAGACAACUUUGAUACAGUUGUUGAUGGUUCAAAAACUGUAUUUGUAAAAUUCUAUGCACCAUGGUGUGGCCAUUGUAAAAAACUUGCACCAGAUUUUGAAAUCCUUGCUGACACAUUCGCACCAGUUUCCAACAAAGUUGUAAUUGCCAAAGUUGAUUGUGACCAAGCUGACAACAAAGCUCUCUGUAGUAAAUAUGAUGUUUCUGGUUAUCCAACCCUCAAAAUCUUUGACAAAUCAACCACUGCCAAAGAUUACAACGGUGCUAGAUCAGUUGAUGAAUUAUUAACUUAUAUCAAUAAUCACGCCAAAACCAACGUUAAAGUAAAGAAAGCACCAUCAAAUGUUGUUGAUUUAUCACCAUCAAAUUUUGAUUCAGUUGUUUUAGAUAAAUCAAAGAAUGUUUUAGUUGAAUUCUAUGCACCAUGGUGUGGUCAUUGCAAAAAGUUAAUGCCAGAUUAUGAAAUCCUUGGUAACACCUACGCCAAUGAAAAAGAUGUUGUCAUCGCCAAAAUUGAUUGCGAUGCUGCUGAUAACAAAGCCAUCUGCUCCAAAUAUGGUGUCACUGGUUUCCCAACACUCAAAUGGUUCGGUAAACAAAGCAAAGACGGUGAAAAAUAUGAACAAGGUCGUGAUCUUGAUACUUUCAUCAACUACAUCAACAAACAAGCUGGUGUUAACCGUGUCAAAGGUGGUAAACUCGCUGUUGGUGCUGGUCGUGUUGAACAACUCGAUACUAUUGCCACUGAAUUCAUCGCUGCCGCUGCUGAAGUCCGUAAGGAACUCGUCAAGAAAGCUCAAACCGUCGUUGAUUCUCUCCCAGAAGAAUUAAGAACUGAAGGUUCAUACUACGUCAAAGUCAUGAAAACCAUUGCUGAAAAAUCAAUCGAUUUUGUAACCACUGAAAUCGCUCGUAUCACCAAAUUAGUCUCUGGUUCAAUGUCUGGAAAGAAAGCUGAUGAAUUUGCCAAGAAACUCAAUAUUUUAGAAUCUUUCAAAUCAAAAUAA